AUGGCCAAUCUCAUGUCAGUAUUUGCCCCUAAGGCGGGCUUGGAGGCCACCACAGCCGCCAUCAUCCUUCCGACCUCGUCUCCGACUCCUUUCACUUUUAGCUACGCUCGACUCCACGAGCUCGUGCUCGACCUUCAAUCUCAGCUGGCCUCGUUCGAUCUAGCCCCGGGAAGUGCUGUCAGCUCUUCGCUCGUCAACGGUAUCGAGUUCACCCUCGCCUUCUUGGCAACGGGUGCAGAGAGGCUCGUAGCUGCGCCGCUCAACCCCAACUACUCCCAGGGCGAAGUCGAGUUUUAUCUGCAAGACACCAAGUCGCAGCUGCUGCUCUUGCCCAAAGGUGCGAUCAAAGCGGGUCACCCUGCCAUCGAGGCCGCAAAAAAGGCCGGAAAGGUCGAUGUUGUCGAGAUCGUCUUCGACCCGAGCGGUGCCGGAAGCGUCUCGUUGGUACGCGGCGAUGGCACCAAGGUCGGCAAGAAGAGUCAGAUCCGCAAGCCGCAGGACGAAGACGUCGCUCUGGUCCUGCACACCAGUGGAACCACUGGCAGGCCCAAGGGUGUACCGCUCACCCACAAGAACCUGUACACCACCAUGGGCAAUAUCAUCACUACCUACAGCCUCACUCCCGCCGACCGCACCUACCUCGUCAUGCCGCUCUUCCACGUGCACGGCCUGCUGUGCGGUCUUCUCGCUACUCUUCUCUCUGGAGGCAGCGCUGUCAUCCCGCCCAAGUUCUCCGCCAGCGUUUUCUGGAACGAGCUGUCCAGCAACGGGUGCAACUGGUACACGGCGGUGCCCACGAUCCACCAGAUGCUGCUCAACUCUCCGCUCCCCAACCCGGUGCCUAAGCUGAGAUUCAUCCGAUCGUGUUCUUCCGCUUUGUCGCCCGCGACAUUCCACCAGAUUGAGAAGACCUUCAACGCGCCCGUGCUCGAGGCAUACGCCAUGACCGAAGCUGCGCACCAGAUGACGUCGAACCCUCUGCCACCUGCCAAACGCAAGCCUGGCACCGUCGGAAUCGGUCACGGCGUCGAGAUCCGCAUCCUGGACGAGCAAGGCAACGAGGUCAAGCAAGGCACCAUCGGCGAAGUCUGCGUUCGCGGAGCCAACGUCACCAAAGGCUACCUCAACAAUCCCAAGGCGAACGCCGAAUCUUUCGUCACCACAGCCGAGAACAAAGGUUUCUUCCGAACCGGCGACCAGGGUCGCAAAGACGCCGACGGCUACGUCGAACUCGUCGGCAGGAUCAAGGAGCUCAUCAACCGAUCCGGUGAAAAGAUCUCGCCGCUCGAGGUCGACGCCGCCCUCCUCGCCGUCGAAGGCGUCAAGGAAGCCGUGUCGUUCGCCAUGCCCGACAAGCUGUACGGCGAAAAAGUGGGUGCGGUAGUCAUCCUUCACAAGGGCAAGGAGAGUUUGGGCGAAAAGGAGAUCCAGGCUGCCAUGCAGGGCAAACUGACCAAGUUCAAGAUCCCAGAGAGAAUCUGGAUCACCGACGCCAUCCCCAAAACGGCGACGGGUAAGAUUCAGAGGAAGAACGUCGCUGCUACUUUCCUCAGGAAGGACGGCGCCAAGUUGUGA